AUGGACAACGGGGCGACUAUGACGGUGGAGAUCACCAUUGACGGUGACGGGGGAGCCGUGUUCGACUUCACAGGCACCUCGCCGCAGAUGCACGGCAACAUGAACGCACCCCCCGCCAUCACGUACUCCGCCAUCAUCUACAUGUUGCGCCUGCUGAUCGGCACCGACAUUCCGCUCAACCAGGGCUGCCUGAGCGCCGUCGACGUCGUCAUCCCUGAGGGCACCUUCUUGAACCCGUCGCCGGGGGCAGCCGUGGCAUGCGGCAACACGCACACGUCGCAGCGCCUCGCCGACCUGCUGCUACAGGCGUUCGAGGCCGCUUCAGGUUCCCAGGGGUAUAUCUAA